AUGGAGGACAACGCCAUAAGCAUGUUGAUGGAUGUAAAGCUGGAUAUUCGUGAGAGGAAGCUAGAAUUUUCACACAUGAAGUCUUGGUCGAGAUACUUCGUCCGAGUGGAGGCGGUCAAGUGUUUCCCGUGCUACAUGCGAAUCUCCUUCUUUUCGUCGCCCUCUGAUCAGGCAACUGAUCUGAUCGUGCGCAUUAAUAUCCCCGGUCUGACGGUGCAGAGUGCGACGUCCCGCACGAAGCAGCACUCAUACGGGCUGUUUUGGAAGAACAAUCGCAAACGCUGUUGCGCGUACUUCGCACUCGAAACGCAGCUGCUCUGUGAGCGGCACUUGUGCUGGAUGAAGAAAUCGAUUCGCAAUCUCGAGCUGUACCGACAGGAGAUGAUGCAACUGCGCCGAGCGAGUCGAACGCCGGUGUACGAAAUCCGACAGGAGAUGCAGCCCCUUAAUCCACUGGCUGCGGCCACGACACCAACGGGGGGUGGAUGGGACGGUGGUGCAGCUGAUGAUAUUGGGAUCUAUCAGAACCUAGACAACACACAAAACAUCAUGGAUCUGCAGGAUUUACUUGGUCCGCUCCCUACGGUUCCACAGUUAGAGCGUGUGGACACGAACACGGCAAACUGGUCCCGGCGCAUUUCCGGAAUAUCAGGUAUCUACGAGGAAAUUUCGGAUGAUCGAGCAACGGCAAGAUCACGCCUUUCACGGGCCUCGAUCGCAUCCGGCAUAUACGAGGAAAUGCGGCUAGUUGGGAACAGUGGCGAUAAAACGAGUCCUAUAAUCGAAGAGGAUGCAUCGACCCCUCCACCACCCCUGCCACCACGGACUAGGGCGAAUACAAAUGAAAACUUUGAAGACUUUCACUGCUCAUCGCCGGCGCCCGAAGGAGAACUGUUGAAGAAAAAACGCCACUGGCUACGGUUGGACUCGGUGUUCGGGCGGCGACGCACCACAAGCACCGAUUCUCAGGGUUCGGCUUCCGGGAAAAAACCUUCCGCGGUAAAGCAAAGUAAAACAAACGCGAAAUCGGCCACCAUUCAGGGUGCCGUGGUGCAUCGCGAUAAAGUGUGCCGUUUGCGUUUCGUCGAAAACAAACGCAACAGCUUUUCGAGCCCGGAUCUGAGCCGUUUGAAAAUUGACGAAAUUUCCGAAGGCACGCUUGGUAUCGCCGGAGACAAUUCGUCUUGUGACAAUUUGUCUGAUGGCAAUGGAUCGUGCACGUCCGAGUUUUAUCCCCAGCCAGACGUUGAUUACAUCGAGGAGGAUUGCAGCUUCGCAUCGUCCGAGUUUAUUCAUUUAACAGAUGAACCGUCGUUGCCAGCAUCCAAUGUGAAGGGAGCCGACGCACAGCGAAUACCGGAGAUAGAGCGGCUGAACAUAUCUGAGCGUAUCUUCGAGAGUUUCAAUGGUUCAGUAAACUCGUCUACCGUUAAUCUCGUUGGAUCCGCAUGCGGCGGAGUUGCGUCUAGGCUAGAUUACGAAUCAGCAGUAAUAUCUCCCGCUGUCGAUUAUCCUCCACCGAUCAAUGAAGACGAUCUUGUGGGGUAUCUAGAGAUGGGGCCAGUUGGAACAGGAUUCAACCGGCGGAAGUUGGUCGAGGUUAUCUAUCGAAACAAUCCGCCUGUGGGAUCCGCUUCAUGUGGCGAUACUGGAGAAGAAUCGAUCUACAUGAGUAUGGGGGGGUCGGGGAAGCUACCGGAACCAAUCCGAUCCAGCUCUACCAGUAGUAGCAGCAGCGGUGUUAGCAGCGCUAGUGAGCAAAGUACAGACUUAACUGGCAAAAACCGAAGCUCGGUAGAUGAUAAGAUAGCAUCGUACUACCCUAACGAAGAAUCCUUGCGAACUCCGCCAGUACGUAGAUGCAGCGUGGAAGGAAAACAGUCCACCACCGGGCUACCAGCGGCAACUACGCUGCCCAGAACAGUGAAAUCAGCCCAACGGGCUGCAUCGCAAGACAUAGUGGAAACUCAGGAUGGUGUUCAAGCGAGCUUUCGGACACCGAAAACAACCAGACGUCGUCUGUGCUCCCGUGGAGAUGGUCGUGCACCACGGCAGCCCUGCGGAUUGACAGACUCUUGCGACGAGUCUUCACCAAAGUUGUAUCAGAAGUACGCAACCGUAGCACGAAUCUCCUCUCCGAGCAAAUGCUCGGGGAAACCAAAAAAUUUGAUAAUUGAGGGUCAGUCUGAUGAAGGCCAACAGACUGAUGCAUCGGCCAUGACUGUAACCACACCCGUUAGUAAGCGUUUUGGUUCGUUGCCACGAUUCGGCAAGAUCGACCUGUCACCGCUGAGAAUGAAAAUCAACAGUGUACUACAGCGGCACAAUUCAGGUAAUUUGUGAUCACGUUAUCUGCAGAGCUCGUUCGCUAGCAAGACACGAAACUAUCUAAAUUUGUCUCCAACUGAUCUCACCGAUAUUAUUAUGAAAUGAGCCGUAUAUUCAAGGAACGCAUAGAUGUAAUGCGCAGACAGACGUCCGUUUUUCAUGCGGUUUGUGAUGUGAAGUACUUAAAUUGCUGAAAAUGUUAUACUGCUUGUUGUUAGCUAUAGUUUGAUUCACUUCUCAUUAACUGCGUUACUUAGCGAUUUGCUGCCUCAAAGAAUCUCAAAUGCUCUAAGAUCUAUUAUACCUUUCUAAUUACAUAUGCUGUAAGCUUCUAGAGUUCAGUUGCCUUUGCACGAUCGAUCAACGGUCAUUUACGAAUAACGCUUUACAAAACUGUAAUGUUUUGUUAGAGAGAAAAUUAGUGGUAAUAUGUGAAGGUGCGUAGGCAAUUCUUUUAAGAGUAAUAGCAUAGCACAUGUUUUUUAGUAAUUCAUCUUGAAGUAGAUAAUUUUAAAAUUUUACCUAGCUAGUAUGUCUUCAACCCAUUCCCAUGGUGCUUUUAAAAAUGUGAGAGUUAUUAGAUUGAACAAUUUUAUCGAACAAAAAACUAAAGUGCUUGCUUUUUGCCGCGGUAUUAAUGAACAUGUGAUUGUUGCUUGGCUUCAGAAUGGACAUGGGAGAAGGGGGAUAAAAAUUGUAACAAAUCAAUACGAAAACCAUCAUAUCGAUACAAAAAUGACGUUAUGGAGAUCGUCUCAAUGCAAAACUCAGGUUCAAUUUUUGAAACGAUAUUUUAGACAGUAACUGUGAUUUUCACCGAUCCACAAGGGACGGGGGAGUUUUAUCCCCUUCAUAUCGAGACAAAAUUGAUCACAAAGGCAUCGAUAUUAAUUAAGGCACUUAAACAAUAUAGCAGAGAAUUGAGUAACUUACGAGACAAGAUGGAAGAACGACAUGCGUUGUAAACUAGAUCAACAAAAUUUAAAGCAAUGAAGCGCAGUGAAUCUAACUCGAUCCCAUCUUGGGAUGUGGGAUAGUUUGAAGCUUAACAAUAACAAAGAGCCAUAAAUAUGUUGAGGCAGUGGAAAAGUAUAUUUUCAUUGUAUUUUAAAAGCAUGGCAGCAAUAGAAGGGCUUCUCUAAAAAGGCUUGAAAUAGAUAGUAUAACAAGUGUGCGCUUGUGCAAAUCAGCCUUGUGUGAUUAUAUCCGUCGCGUCUGCAAAUAAACCUAUCACAUGUACAAAAACCUAUAUUUCCACCAUAAGGUGCUGAGAAGCUU